CUGAAAAAUACUUCCUCUGAAAUUUCCGACCGGACAGACUCGCAGUGGCUCCUAAGCCCGUGAGGACGAGGCUGCGAAAGCAUGCUGGUGCCAAGCUGUCGGAUAAUGCACGUAGUCAGGCCAGUGGUCGUGCUCCUCUGCUUGCUGCUCUGUGCUGAUGCUGAAACACCACCGAAGUUUACAAGAACUCCCGUUGACCAGACAGGGGUCUCUGGAGGAGUCGCCUCGUUUAUCUGUCAAGCUACAGGAGACCCAAGACCUAAAAUUGUCUGGAACAAAAAGGGAAAGAAAGUCAGCAAUCAGAGAUUUGAGGUAAUAGAGUUUGACGAUGGAUCUGGAUCAGUUCUUAGAAUACAACCACUGCGGACUCCACGAGAUGAGGCUAUUUAUGAAUGUGUUGCUUCCAAUAGUGUCGGUGAAAUAAGUGUGUCCACAAGACUCACUGUUUUACGUGAGGAUCAGAUUCCCAGGGGUUUCCCCACCAUUGAUAUGGGUCCACAGCUGAAGGUGGUUGAACGGACUCGUACAGCUACUAUGCUAUGUGCAGCCAGUGGCAAUCCUGAUCCUGAAAUAACUUGGUUCAAGGAUUUCCUACCUGUCGACACAAGCAACAACAACGGCCGCAUCAAGCAGUUACGAUCAGGUGCUCUCCAAAUUGAACUCAGUGAAGAAUCUGACCAAGGCAAAUAUGAAUGUGUUGCAACCAACAGUGCGGGUACACGCUAUUCUGCCCCUGCCAAUCUAUAUGUCAGAGAGCUGCGAGAAGUUCGACGGGUCCCACCGAGGUUCUCUAUACCCCCUACCAAUCAUGAGAUCAUGCCUGGCGGGAGUGUAAAUAUCACCUGUGUUGCGGUGGGGUCACCAAUGCCAUAUGUGAAAUGGAUGCUAGGAGCAGAAGAUUUGACACCUGAAGAUGAUAUGCCAAUAGGGAGGAACGUCCUUGAGCUUAAUGAUGUCAGGCAGUCGGCAAACUAUACUUGUGUUGCUAUGUCUACACUUGGUGUUAUAGAAGCAAUAGCACAGAUAACUGUCAAAGCCUUACCCAAACCUCCUGGAACUCCCAUGGUGACAGAAAGCACAGCAACUAGCAUAACCUUGACUUGGGAUUCUGGAAACCCGGAGCCAGUCUCUUACUACAUAAUCCAACACAAACCCAAAAACUCUGAGGAGCCAUAUAAAGAAAUUGAUGGGGUGGCCACAACACGCUACAGCGUAGCUGGCCUAAGCCCUUAUUCAGAGUACGAAUUCCGGGUGGUUGCUGUCAAUAACAUUGGACGAGGUCCUCCCAGCGAGCCCGUGUCCACCAGGACCUCUGAGCAAGCACCUUCAAGUGCACCACGGAAUGUGCAAGCCCGUAUGCUGAGCUCUACCACCAUUCUGGUGCAGUGGGAAGAACCCGAGGAGCCUAACGGACAAAUACAAGGCUACCGCGUUUAUUACACCAUGGACCCCACUCAACAUGUCAACAGCUGGACAAAACACAAUGUGGCCGACAGCCACAUUACCACUAUUGGCAACCUAGUGCCCCAGAAAACAUACUCCGUGAAGGUUCUUGCCUUUACUUCUGUUGGGGAUGGACCGCUUUCUAGUGACAUUCAAGUCAUCACUCAAACAGGAGUGCCUGGCCAGCCAUUGAACUUCAAAGCAGAACCUGAGUCUGAAACAAGUAUAUUACUUUCUUGGACGCCUCCACGCUCUGAUACUAUUUCCAGCUAUGAACUGGUUUACAAAGAUGGGGAGCAUGGGGAAGAGCAACGUGUUUCCACUGAGCCUGCCACAUCUUACCGCCUACAAGGACUGAAGCCAAACAGCCUGUAUUUAUUCCGCCUAGCCGCCCGCUCUCCGCAAGGCCUGGGCGCUUCUACAGCGGAAAUCUCAGCCAGAACCAUGCAAUCAAAGCCAUCAGCUCCUCCUCAAGACAUUAGUUGCACAAGUCCCAGCUCCACUAGCAUUUUGGUAAGUUGGAAACCUCCACCAGUGGAAAAGCAGAACGGCAUUAUCACUGAAUACUCCAUCAAGUACAUUGGGAUUGAUGGAGAAGAUGUCAAGCCCCAUGAAAUUUUGGGAAUUUCCUCGGACAGUACCCAAUACCUUUUGGAACAGCUGGAAAAAUGGACUGAGUACCGGAUAUCUGUGACUGCCCACACUGAUGUUGGACCUGGCCCAGAGAGCUUAGCAGUAUUGAUUCGGACAGAUGAAGAUGUUCCUAGUGGUCCUCCUCGCAAAGUCGAGGUAGAGGCUGUCAACUCUACUGCUGUUAAAGUGUCAUGGCGCUCACCUGUACCCAAUAAGCAGCAUGGCCAGAUCCGAGGAUACCAGGUCCACUAUGUGAGGAUGGAAAACGGAGAGCCAAAGGGUCAACCCAUGCUGAAGGACAUCAUGCUGGCUGAUGCACAGUGGGAAUAUGAUGAUUCUACUGAACAUGAAAUGAUAAUUUCUGGACUUCAGCCUGAAACUACAUACUCUCUCACUGUGACAGCCUAUACAACUAAAGGUGAUGGAGCCCGCAGCAAACCCAAACUCGUGUCUACUACUGGUGCAGUUCCAGGCAAACCUCGUCUCGUGAUUAGCCACACGCAGAUGAACACGGCUCUUAUUCAAUGGCACCCUCCUGUCGAAACCUUUGGCCCGCUGCAGGGUUAUCGCCUGAAGUUUGGCCGCAAGGACAUGGAUGCCUUUACAACCAUGGAGUUCUCAGAGAAGGAAGACCACUUCACAGCCACAGACAUUCACAAGGGAGCUUCUUAUGUCUUCAGGCUUUCGGCUAGAAAUAAAGUGGGCUUUGGGGAGGAGAUGGUUAAAGAGAUCUCUGUUCCUGAAGAGGUACCCAGUGGAUUUCCCCAAAACCUCCACUCGGAAAGCUCCACCUCUACAUCAGUUCAAUUAACUUGGCAGAUGCCAGUCUUGGCAGAGAGAAAUGGCAUUAUCACCAAAUAUACCAUCUUAAAACCAGAUACCACAUAUGAUGUAAAAGUACGUGCCCAUACAAGCAAAGGGCCUGGUCCAUAUAGUCCAAGUGUCCAGUUCAGGACACUACCCGUGGAUCAAGUGUUUGCAAAAAAUUUUCAUGUUAAAGCAGUAAUGAAGACUUCAGUUUUGCUGUCGUGGGAAAUUCCAGAAAAUUACAAUUCAGCUUUGCCUUUCAAAAUCCUCUACGAUGAUGGGAAAAUGGUGGUAGAGGUUGACGGACGUGCUACUCAAAAGCUGAUCACGAACUUGAAACCAGAAACAUCCUAUUCAUUUGUGCUGACAAACAGAGGAAACAGUGCUGGGGGUCUUCAGCACAGAGUGACAGCGAAGACUGCGCCAGAUGUACUGCGCACCAAGCCAGUCUUCAUUGGAAAAACCAACCUAGAUGGCAUGAUAACUGUGGAACUUCCUGAAGUACCUUCAAAUGAGAAUAUAAAGGGUUAUUACAUUGUUAUUGUGCCUUUGAAGAGGUCUCGCGGAAAGUUUAUCAAACCAUGGGAAAGCCCAGAUGAAAUGGAAUUAGAUGAGCUGCUUAAGGAGAUAUCUAGGAAACGCAGAAGCAUUCGUCUUGGGAGAGAAGUUGAAUUAAAGCCAUAUAUUGCAGCUCACUUUGACGUUCUUCCUACCGAGUUCACGCUGGGGGAUAAAAAGCAUUAUGGUGGCUUUGAGAAUAAGCAACUCCAGAGUGGUCAAGAAUAUGUCUUCUUUGUGUUGGCUGUAAUGGAGCACUCGGAAUCUACUAUGUAUGCAACCAGCCCGUAUUCUGAUCCUGUUGUGUCAAUGGAUCUUGAUCCUCAGCCAAUUACAGAUGAGGAAGAAGGCUUGAUUUGGGUUGUAGGACCAGUUCUUGCAGUAGUGUUUAUCAUCUGUAUUGUUAUUGCCAUACUUCUUUAUAAAAGUAAACCUGACAGGAAGAGGGCCGAAUCUGACUCUAGGAAGAGCAGCAUACCCAACAGCAAGGAGGUGCCCUCUCAUCAUCCCACAGACCCAGUGGAGCUGCGACGCCUUAAUUUUCAAACUCCAGGUAUGGCAAGUCACCCCCCAAUACCUAUAUUGGAACUUGCCGAUCAUAUUGAAAGAUUGAAAGCAAAUGACAAUUUGAAGUUCUCACAGGAAUAUGAGUCUAUUGAUCCCGGUCAGCAGUUCACAUGGGAACACUCUAACCUGGAAGUAAACAAACCAAAGAAUAGGUAUGCGAAUGUAAUUGCAUAUGACCAUUCUCGUGUUCUACUCUCAGCAAUAGAAGGCAUCCCCGGCAGCGACUACAUCAACGCCAACUACAUCGAUGGCUAUAGAAAGCAGAAUGCCUACAUUGCCACACAAGGGGCACUGCCUGAAACCUUCGGAGACUUCUGGAGAAUGAUGUGGGAGCAGCGGGGUGCUACAGUUGUCAUGAUGACCAAGCUGGAGGAAAGGUCCAGGGUAAAGUGUGAUCAGUAUUGGCCAAGCAGAGGCACAGAAACUUAUGGUCUAAUCCAAGUGACCCUCUUAGACACUGUUGAAUUGGCGACAUAUUGCGUUCGUACAUUUGCACUUUACAAAAAUGGUUCAAGUGAGAAAAGGGAAGUGAGGCAAUUCCAGUUCACUGCCUGGCCUGACCACGGUGUUCCCGAACACCCUACACCAUUCUUAGCUUUCCUGCGACGAGUCAAAACCUGUAAUCCGCCUGAUGCUGGACCCAUGGUUGUACAUUGCAGCGCUGGGGUCGGCAGGACUGGCUGUUUCAUCGUGAUAGAUGCCAUGUUGGAGAGAAUAAAACAUGAAAAGACCGUAGAUAUUUAUGGCCACGUAACUCUAAUGAGAGCACAGAGGAAUUACAUGGUUCAAACUGAGGACCAAUACAUCUUUAUCCAUGAUGCACUGCUGGAAGCAGUGACAUGUGGAAAUACCGAAGUGCCAGCCAGAAACCUGUAUGCAUAUAUUCAGAAGCUGACACAGAUCGAAACGGGAGAGAAUGUCACAGGAAUGGAACUGGAAUUUAAGCGUCUAGCUAGCUCUAAAGCUCACACUUCAAGAUUCAUCAGUGCCAAUCUUCCCUGUAAUAAAUUCAAAAAUCGCCUUGUCAAUAUUAUGCCAUAUGAGUCUACAAGAGUUUGCUUGCAGCCAAUCCGAGGAGUAGAAGGCUCUGAUUACAUAAACGCUAGUUUUAUUGAUGGAUACAGACAGCAGAAGGCUUACAUAGCUACACAGGGACCUUUGGCAGAAACAACUGAAGAUUUCUGGAGAAUGCUCUGGGAGCAUAAUUCUACCAUUGUAGUCAUGCUUACUAAGCUGCGAGAAAUGGGCAGAGAAAAAUGCCACCAGUAUUGGCCUGCAGAACGUUCAGCGAGAUACCAGUAUUUUGUCGUAGAUCCAAUGGCAGAGUACAACAUGCCACAGUAUAUUCUAAGGGAAUUCAAGGUUACAGAUGCAAGGGAUGGCCAGUCCCGUACAGUGAGGCAGUUCCAGUUCACUGACUGGCCAGAACAAGGAGUGCCAAAGUCUGGAGAAGGAUUUAUUGACUUUAUAGGCCAAGUGCAUAAAACAAAAGAGCAGUUUGGUCAGGAUGGGCCAAUCUCUGUUCAUUGUAGUGCGGGUGUUGGACGAACAGGAGUAUUCAUAACCCUGAGCAUUGUGUUGGAAAGAAUGAGAUACGAAGGUGUCGUCGACAUCUUCCAGACUGUCAAAAUGUUAAGGACACAACGGCCAGCCAUGGUACAGACAGAGGAUCAAUACCAGUUCUGCUAUCGAGCCGCACUAGAAUAUCUGGGCAGCUUUGAUCACUAUGCAACGUAAAAACCCACCGUGGAUUUUUAUUGCAGGCCCUUUAAGAUCCAGAGAGCCGCUUCUGAGCCAUACGGUGUGCUUUAGAAAAUACUUCUUAACUCUUAGCUAAGGAGCAAUUAUUGGGGAUAUAUAAAACAAACAAAAAUAUUGGGGAUAUAUGAAACAGAAACAAAAAC